AUGCUCAGAAGACACGGAUUAUUCUGGUUAAAGACAUGUCCCCGUCUAAAUGUUCUUCUAAAUCAAUCCAUACCGAUACCUCAUUUGCUUCAUAGCCGUGAUAUUUGCCAGCAAAGAUGGUAUGCAAAAGGGAAAAGAAGGAACCAGAUUUCCAAGAAAGAGUUAAAGCCUCUCAAUUUUUCUAUUCCGAAUUAUAUUUCUGUGAAUAAAUUGGCCAAUUUGUUAAAUUGUCGUGUGGAAAGAUUAAUCAAAGAUUUGACAGCAUUAGGUUUCGAAAAUAUUACAACCACGUAUAUAUUAUCAAAAGAAUACGUCGAAUUGAUUUUACAAGAAUACAACUUUGCCCUUCCGAAUCUGUCAACGUCUACAAAUUUAGAUAAUGUUUAUGAUGAGCUAAAAUCUCCUGUAAACCCAAAAUUAUUAACCAAAAGAGCCCCCGUGGUAACUAUAAUGGGCCAUGUUGAUCAUGGUAAGACCACUAUCAUAGACUAUCUAAGGAAAUCUUCUGUUGUGGCUCAAGAACAUGGUGGAAUCACGCAACACAUUGGUGCCUUUCAAAUAACAGCUCCGAAGUCUGGGAAAAAGAUCACAUUUUUAGACACCCCUGGCCAUGCUGCCUUUUUGAAAAUGAGAGAAAGAGGUGCAAAUAUUACUGAUAUUAUUGUUUUGGUGGUAUCUGUAGAAGAUUCUCUGAUGCCCCAGACAUUAGAAGCCAUAAAACAUGCCAAAAAUUCAGGAAAUGAAAUGAUAAUUGCAAUAACGAAAAUAGAUAGAAUUCCACAGCCAAAAGAACGUGAAAAAAAAAUUGAAAAAGUUAUAAAUGAUUUGAUUGUUCAAGGAAUACCAGUAGAGAAAAUUGGCGGAGACGUUCAAGUGAUCCCGAUAAGUGCCAAAACUGGUGAGAACAUGGACCUUUUAGAGGAAUCAAUAGUCCUAUUAAGUGAAGUAAUGGAUAUAAGAGCUGAAAACUCCCCUAAAACUAUCGCAGAGGGUUGGAUUAUCGAAAGUCAAGUUAAAAAACAGGUCGGAAAUGUGGCGACCGUCUUGGUUAAGAAGGGCACUUUACAAAAAGGGAAAAUUCUAAUUUGUGGUAAUACAUUCUGCAAGAUCAAAAAUUUAAUUGAUGAUAAGGGCAUACCGAUUCUUAAGGCAACACCAUCAUAUGCUACAGAGGUUCUUGGUUGGAAAGAUGUACCCCAUGUUGGAGAUGAGGUCAUUCAGGUAAAGAGCGAAGCGAUCGCUAAAAAGUUCAUCAGUAAAAGGCAAGAUCUUAUCGAAGUUCAAAAAAACUCUAGUAUCGUUGAAAAAUUAAAUGAAGAAAGGGCCCUUGCCAAAGAGCAACACCUAAAUAAGGAACUGGAACAUGAGAAUACUGUCCAGGAACACGAACAAAAUACUGGUCCUAAACUUAUUAAUUACAUCAUCAAAUGUGAUGUCUCUGGCUCAGCAGAAGCGGUUUCAGAAAGCAUUUCCUCUCUAGGAAAUGACGAAGUGAGAUGUAAUGUUAUCUCUUCUUCUGUUGGUAUACCUACGGAAAGUGACUUAAAGAUGGCGCAAAUAACGGAGAGUACAAUUCUAUGCUUCAAUUUGGGGAAUUUGCCGAGUGAGGUGAUCAACAAUCGUGCUGGCAUCAAAAUAAAACAGUACAAUGUUAUCUAUAAGCUAAUUGAAGACGUCACUGAAACACUAACUGAAAAUCUAAAGCCCAUCUUUGAAAAAAAGAUCGUUUCAACUGUUGACGUUCGUGAAACUUUUGACUUUAGGUUAAAGAAAAAAAUUAUUAGGAUUGCAGGUUGCAAAGUAAACAACGGUGUCAUCAAAAAGAAUUCAUUGGUGCAGGUAGUUAGAGGUCCUAACGAAGAUGUAAUUUUUGAUGGGAAAAUCUCUACUUUGAAGCACAAUAAAGAUGACGUAGCAGAAGUUUCAAAAGGGCAUGAAUGUGGAAUCACUUUUGAGAGUGGAUUCGAGGGUUUCAAACCAGGUGAUAAGAUCCUAGUUUAUGAAAACGUGCGAGUUCCUCGUUACUUGUAA